UAUCCGGAAAUGCAGCAGAAGUUGAGACAAGAGAUUGAGUCCCAAAUCGGAGACCGAAUGCCAACACAUGAGGACAGGAAUCGAUGCCAUUAUGUCAUGGCUUUCAUCGCUGAGACACUGAGAUUUAGAAAUAUCGUACCCCAGGGUUUGCCCCAUAAAGCUGUUGUCAGGAGUACUAUCGGUGAUUACACAAUUCCUGAGAAAAUGGGAAUUGUUGUAUACCAGGGAAUUAUAUGCCGUAAUGACAAGGAUUGGCAAAAUGCAGAAAUAUUCAAACCCGAGAGGUUUUUGGACAGUGAGGGACAGUAUUUGGUUACCAGACCUCAAGCCUACAUACCCUUCGGUGUGGGCCGUCGUGUCUGUGCGGGAGAAAAGUUAGCCAUCGCUGACCUGUUUCUGGUUUUGGUCCGAUUCCUUCAGUCCACACAAGACUAUGAGUUAGUUCUCGACAGCCAUAACGGCAUUGACGUCGAUCCUAAUAAAUCUGAUGCUUAUAAUCCAUUGGCGGCCGCACAACAGGCCUCGGUCUCCGUCCCGGCGCCCAAUCCUAUUAGCGGUUUGUUCGGCGGUUUCACUGGCCUAUUGAGCAACGGUUUAAAUACCGUUGAAAAUAUGGCCCAACAGGGGAUCAACGCAGGGAUGGGAGCACUCAAAGGGGUCGAGACGGUUGGCCAGAACGCGCUCAACGCUGGCCUCAACGCCGGCACAGGUCUGGCGAGCGCUGGUAUGAAUACUGUGGGACAAGUGGCCACUUUGGCCCAGGAUAUGGGUCAAGAGGCUGUCAAAGAUGUGACCGGACUCGCCGGCAGUGCCGCUAAUAUUGGAAAGGGUGUUGUGGGCGAUGUGAUGGGUGCCGUCACCCCAUUGGCCGGCGUCGCCACCGACGCUGUCAACCAGGUUCAAAACAUACCCAAACAGGCCAUCGCCGCCGGCACUGGUCUCUUGAACACCGCUCAAGGAGUUGGCAAACAGGUUAUGGGCACCGUUGCCAACACUGUCGGUCAACUGCCCGGCGCUAUCAAUGGUGUAGUCGGACAGGUGGAGAGCACCGCCCAGAACGCCGUGAAAACCGCUACAGGAGCUGUUGCCCCUGUUUUGGGACAGACCCAAAAUGCAGCUACCGGUGCCCUUAAUGGCGCGACCGGCGCUCUCGGUAAUGUUGCCGGACAGGUGCAGUCUACAGUUGGUGGUGCCGUUGACACGGCUACCGGUGUUGCCAGCGAUGCUGUGGCACAGGUCCACAAUACUCUCGGCUCAGUGACCGGCGCUCUGCCCACUGGAAGCGCUUCCAUCAAUGUUUAA